AUAACCUUAUACAUGGCGGAGCGGGACAGAAUUAUCAAGCUCAAUGUAGGGGGAGCCCUAUAUACAACGUCAAAGUCCGUAAUGACCAGUGUCCGAGGAGGCUUCCUGGACAGAGUCGCCGUGGGGGAAAUCAACUCCAUGCGGGAUCAUCGGGGCACAAUCUUCAUCGAUCGAGAUGGACACGUAUUCAGAUAUGUCCUGAAUUAUCUUCGAACCUCGAAACUGACCGUGCCACAGGGCUACAAGGAACUCUACCUUCUCAGAGAGGAGGCUGAUUUUUACGGACUCCCGGGGCUCGUUACAGAAGUGGACAACAUCCUGAGAUCUCGCAAACGUCGGAACAAACCACGCUUAUCUAAACAAAAGAGCAAGAGUAUGGAUCUGAUCUGUGACGAGAACGGAACGGUUAUAUUUGAAGACGAUUCAUCUGAUUUUUUUUAUGACUGAGAAAUAUCUUAUUCAAAACAGUUUUGUCAUCAACUAUGUACGUUGAACGUUACGCAUAGUUGUCAGAAUAAUGAUGAAAUAUGUUGUAUAGACUUUUUUCUCAUUAUGUAAAUUUGUUUUUUUUACUCUUAUCACAGGGGAAAGUGUUGUUAUCAAAUGUUUUAUGGGGUAAUAUUCGGUAAUGAAUGAAAAUAUUCUCUCAAAUAUAAAAUUAAUUGAGCCAGGGUAACCGACUUACACUUGUUAAUAUUUUUGUCCAUUUUUAUCUAUAUUAUAUGUAAUGUGUCAUUAAAGCACGCAACCUUUCGAUAGUUUACGUCUCUUUGAUGAUAAUCUGUGUAUCUCAUGUUAUAAGUAAUAUAUAGGUAACACGCCUGACGUAUAUCCACAUUCAACGUCUGAAUCCUAAUAGUGUUACCAAAUAACUGUAUAUUGUGAAAGAAAACAUUUAUGAAAACAAAAGUGAAAAGAAGCGAACAACUCGACUUAGGUAGAUAAGACAAUAGAACAGUAGAUUUUACAGGUAGUUACCGAUAGUGAUGCUGGCGUCUCCUGAGCUGGUUGCUUUGAAUUUGUACAUACUGAUAUUGGUGUUGAGAUUUGACCUAAAGAAGCAAUACAGUUAUUUACUCCUUUGAAAAAAAAUAUAUUAUUUUAUUUAUUUAUCUUUUUUUAUUUAUUUUUUUUAUUUUUUUUUUUUAUUUUUUUUUUAUUUAUUUGUUUUAUUAUUAUUAUUAUUACAACUUUAAUUCAUUCAAAAAAGUAAAGCAGGCUAGUUGCUGACCAGCAUUCGAUGUACAGUACUAUGUAAAUAGAAAAAUGUUAAACAUUUAACCAUUCACCACCAAAUUUAUUUAUCUGAAAGGGUCUGUUUUUGUUCUUGUUGGUAUUUUGUCCUAUCGGUGAUUAUUUACGACACAUUUUCGUAUCUCUUCGCAGCUUUCAUACCACGUUGCUUCCUUGUAUUUCACAGAAAGAAUCAAAUCGAAAGGUUGGAGCAUUUGACCUUUCGGAAAGUGUAACAAUAUCGCCGAUAUUUCUGUGAGGUCACUUUAAAUUUGACCGCUGAGCAGAACUAUUAUCCGUGUACAUCUCCGUACAUGAAUGUUUUGAUUUGCUAAAGGGUGGUUAACAUCAUAUACAAACUAGGAAACUCACAUUAUUUUUGUUUCAAUUUUGAAAUUAAAUUCUUUGAAGGGCAUUCGCAAAUUAAUCCUAAGCUGUGUAUAUCCAGCUUGUGCUAGAAACAAAGAUAAUUGGAAUGUUUCCUAACUAUUAUCUGUAUAAAUAUAUUUCAUCAUUUACAACUUGUAAUCUUAUUCUUUUUAUGAGAUAUUUGAUAUUCCAUCAUCUGCUAGUAAUCUCAAACACUGAGCAGUUAAGCGGAACAGACUAUUAUACGUAUUUAAAGAUAAUUUCUAAUUUGUGUAAGUUUUCGAACAGUUAAAGAUCAGUACUGACACUUUCGUAGUUAAGUGCGUAUGCAAAAAGCGUUUAUGUAAAAAUCCAGAAGAUGAGAAGAAAUGAUGACUGCUUGCACUUAUCCUGAAGUAGAUGAAUAUUUUACAAUGAAUAAAGAUUUUAUUUGGAAAA